UGUAUUGAAAUUGUCUCAGUUGCUGAACGGUCGUGAUAGAAGCAGCAUAAUACGUUGAAAUUAGUGUCCCGCAUACAAUUAUAAUUGUGAGAGAAAUGUGAAUCGAAUUUUCGGAAUUUUAGUUUAGAAUAUUUUUGGAAUGAUAACAGUGAUUUGAAGCGGUCGAUGUAUUUGAGUGUUUAUAAUGUGCAAGAACAGUGACUUUAUUCAAAUUAUAAAUCGUUAGAAACAAUAAACAAUUGGAAACAUAACAAUAAAUAUAUAUAUUCAACAGCUGUCUCCUUAGUUUUCGCUGGUUAUGAAUGUGUCCGUUGUUGUUAUAAAAGUUUGUUUACAAAAAUGCGUAAUAUCUAAACCUCAUACAUAAAAAUUGUCUAAAUGUGCUACACGCGGAAGGUUAAAUUUUGAUUUGAUAUUAAUACUCUGGCUGUUGGUUAAUAUACAUUAAGUUUAAGUUGUUUUAAAUUCGUCUACACACUUAUAACAACCGUUGAUAGAGAUACACAAUUAUAUAUAGAAAUAAGACUUCCAUUAAAAUGACAAUGCACGCGAAAGAUAUAUUUAGUAAACAAUGUGUUUUAUGUACGAUUGGCGUCCUUAUCAUUUUGUUUUCCACAAUAUUUGCUAUAUUAUGGAUGCAACUGUUCGAGAGUAUAUUAGCUAAGGAAAUCAAAUUAGGUCCAAACACAAGAAGCUAUGACGUUUGGAAAACACCGCCCAUACCAAUGUAUUUAGAUAUUUACUUAUUCAAUUGGACGAAUCCGAGCGGCUUCAGCGAAGAAGAACCGUUUCCCAAGCCAAUUUUACAACAAAUCGGCCCGUAUCGUUUCCUGGAGAAAACCGAUAAAGUGGAUGUCGUGUGGAAUCAAAAUCUUACGGUCAGUUUCCGAAAGAAAAGCACAUUCUUCUUCGAUGCUGCAACUAGUAAAGGGCAAUUGGAUGAUGUGAUAACUACGCUUAAUAUUGUGGCAUUGUCGGCUGGUGCGAAAGCUCUGCACGCAAACUUUUAUGAAAGGAAAAAAAUUUCGGUCGGCCUCGGUCUGUUCAGCCAAAUGGUGCACGUAACGAAGAGUGCGGGAGAGCUGCUGUUCGAAGGCUACCAAGAUGACAUGAUUGAUACUGCUCUAGAUAUGGCUGUGUUGGAUGAUACCAUCGUCGUUCCAUACGAUAAAUUUGGCUGGUUUUACGGGAGAAACGGAACUUCCGACCAAAUGGGCCACUUCAAUAUGCAUACCGGCGAAGACGACAUUUCGCAAAUUGGCACCAUAAAAAACUGGAAUUUUGCGCCGAGAAUCAAAUACUUUUCCGACGAAUGUGGCGUCCUGAAAGGCAGCGCUGGUGAAUUUUACCCACCCAUCAAAGAGAAAUCUGCACCGGUUUCUCUUUUCGUCCCUGAUGUUUGUCGAGGCAUAAAUCUGGACUUCGACGAAGAGAAGACUGUUCACGGUAUCACCGGCUAUAAAUACCGGGGCGAUAAAAAGACAGUCGACAACGGAACACUGUAUCCCGAAAAUCAAUGCUAUUCGGCCGGAGAAUCGGUACCGUCCGGUGUAAUGAAUGUGUCGGCGUGUCGAUACGGAGCGCCGGUGUUUAUGUCAUUUCCACAUUUUUAUGCAGCCGAUCCAUACUACUUGGAUCAGGUCGAAGGAAUGAAUCCGUCCAAAGCCAAACACGAAUUUUACAUGACACUUGAACCGAUGACCGGGAUCCCGCUGGACGUGGCGGCUAGAAUGCAGAUAAAUAUGUUGAUCCGACCUGUGCCGAAUGUUUCGCUGUAUCAACACGCACCGUACAUGUUCUUCCCGGUAUUGUGGUUCGAGCAAAAGGUGACCAUACCGGGAGACAUGGCUUCCGAGAUCAAAACUGUCGUUGCGAUGCCGAUGACCGGAUACAUGGCGAUAGCAAUCGUCUUUGUUAUUGGAUUGAUUUUAACGUUCUGGUGGCCUGUGGCGCGGAUGGUCAAUCGGAAAGGUAAAGGGUAUGUGAACGAUGGGAAGAAAAUCAAUGACAAAGAAGAAACGGCCGUCCAAAGUUCAUUACUGGCGACGAACGGUCAUGUGAAGAAGGUCGAAGUGUUGAACGGAAUGAAUGCGAAAAAGGCUCCGCUCGCUGAGAAAGAAGCCGAAACCGAACAUAUUGUGUAGAUUUUGAUAUUAUCGUGCCAUUAGAGUUAAAGAUGUCAAAGUAGAAAUUAAUCAAAUGAUGUUGCAACCAAAGUACAUUUUACAAAGCAAAAAUCGAUGUUAGGUUUAAGUUAAGGAAGGGCGAGUGUACAUGGAGAAUGUUCUUUUUUUUACGAAUUUAUUUUCUAUGAAAUUAUGUUUUAGACAAUUUUCGUUGGUAAGAUAUCCGUUUCCCUGUUAUUUUGUUACCGUUAUAAAGAUAAAUUUAGCACAUAAUGUUGGAAAUAAAAAUUACAUUUUUUACGUACCGUUAGGA